AUGCCAAGCAAAGCCGUUAGAAUGCCUGAACGAACGUUAGAAUUGCCUGAUGAGCCUAUUCCUGAAUCAGCAGAAGAUGCGUUAUAUCUAUGGGAAACAGGAGCCCAGAAAGAAAGCCGUGGGUGUCUUGGAGAUGCCAUAAAUUGUUACAGGAAAGCCCUGAGGCUGGAUCCAAAUGUGGAAUCGCUAUAUAUCAAACAGGUUAGAGAACUGCAAAUUUCACCUAAACCAAAAAUAUCAUCUACAGAAGAACAUAGCCAAAAUAAGAAAUAUGGUAAGGGCCAUGAGCAGGAACAGGAACAGGAACAGGAACACUCCCCCGACAAAAAUGACUGCUGCUGGCUCCUGGAUUGCUAUCCCAACGACAUCCUGUUGCGUAUAGUCGAGGAAGUUGUCCUGCAGGCUCCUGAAUCGUGGAUAAAUCUGUCACUUACAUGUUCAACGUUUAACAAGCUGUGUUUCCACAAUUCCGUGCCGUACAAAGCAUUUGCAGAAUACAUAUACUCUUUUCAGCACUACAGUCCUAACCCCCCCCCUGCCACCCCCAAUGUCAUCGACCAUGCCCGCUGGGCAGGUAACUAUGAUCGCAUGCUCAAGGAGCUACCAUACGUGAAAUUCCAAGGCGUCUACAUCAGCAUCGUUAACUACCUCAGACACGGCGUCGCCGCCGAGGGCUCCCUCUCCUUCGUAAGCCCUGUCCAAAUGGUCACAUAUUUCCGCUACCUCCGCUUCUAUCCCGACGGAACCUGUCUCCGACUUGUCACCACCGACGUGCCCAAUCAAGUGGUCAAUUCCUUCACCAAAGAAGCAGCUAUCCCCAUGUCCUCCGUCUGUCGUUGGUCUCUAGGCCACCCCGCUUCCCCCCACCAGAACCGCCUCCAAAUCACCAGAACCACAGACAAAUACAACUUCGUCGAAGAACUCAUAAUCGCCCACCAAGCCAAAAAACUCCACCACAGGCUCAAAUGGCUCAAGUCUUACUCCUUUGACUCCGAUGGCCAAAGAACCGACUUCUCCCUCAGAAACGAAAAACCCUUCAACUUCUCAAGGGUAACUUCCUACCCACCUCCCUCCUCCUCCCUGAACCCCUCCCUCAAUCCCUAG